AUUUGAUUAUGUUUUAAUCCUAACUUUCUUUUAUCAUCACGGCUGGGCAGCUCAGUUAUGUACCAACAGGUGGUCCAGGUUCAGCCGGAGAGCCGGGUUCAGGAGGCCGGACAGUGGAGCACUGGUCUGUGUGAGUGCUACAAAGACAUAGGAGACUGCUGUUUUGCCCUGUGCUGCCUCCCAGUGUUCACCUGUAAGGUGACCAGUGCCGUGGGUGUGUGUCCCUGCCUGCCUUUGCUGGACUGUAUUGGUUGCGUCACACCAGCCUCUCUGGCCAUGAGGGCUUCUGUCAGGGAGCGAUACGGCAUACAGGGGAGUGUGUGGAGCGACUGCCUGUAUGGAUGCUGCUGCUAUCCGCUAUCUUGGCUCCAGAUCUCCAGAGAGCUGAAGAGAAGAGCAGCAUCCCACGCCUCCUCCUCCUCCUCCUCCUCCCUGGCCAGAUACAGCGCUCUGACCUCCCUGCAGGGGGCGCACUUGGUCUAGACACAUCCAGGACUUAUGGUUUUCUCAUGCAGCCCUGUCCUCCAGAGUACAGGAGUUGAUUUAAUCACACUUCCUCCGGUCCGCAGCCACUCCCAGUUACCUCAGAGGGACCGAGCGGGGACACAAUGCGUCGCGAAGAGAGGAAAGUUCACUUUGUCCCCAGAUGAAGAGAAAGAACUGUGAUAAAAGCUAUUUCAAGGUUAGAAGCUGAGGUCUUGUUCUUUUGAGGACUGGAUUAUAUUCUUUCAGUGGUGGAAUGUGACUCAGUUUCAGCUCCAUAGAGGAUGUUUUUUUUUAUAAGUGUGAUC